CGUCAUUGGGACGAUUAUCCGACGACGUGCCGUCCACUGACGCCGGAAUCCGUUGAAUUCCUCACUGUUCCUGUCAAUUCGUGGAUGAAUGGAAACGAUCAGAAAACAAGCAGUGAAGCUCCGGGAGCAGGUCGCCAAACAACAUGUGGUUAAGCAGUUCGGUGGCGGUGCCGAUGGAGGUUUAGAUGAUGUUGCUGAUGAAGCAGAAGUCGUGCUUCAUCAAAAACUUGAGAGGCUGUACAUAUCAACACGUGUUGCCAAGCAAUUUCAAAGGGAUAUUGUUCGUGGUGUAGAAGGAUAUAUAGUUUCUGGUUCCAAACUAGUGGAAAUAGGAAAUAAAUUGUCAGAAGACAGCAAAAAAUACGGCAUUGAAAGUGGUGGCAUGUUAUCGAGAGCUGCAGUAAACUUUUCAAGAGCCCGUGCCCAGAUGGAGAAGGAACAAGGAAAUCUACUGAAGUUUUUUGGCACACAGGUUGCAGAACCAUUAAGAGCAAUGGUAAUGGGAGCUCCGCUUGUUGAUGCUCGACAUCUUGCUCAAGGUUAUGACAGAAUGCGGCAAGAGGCUGAGUCACAGGCCGUUGAAGUUUCUAAAAGACAAGCAAGAGUGAGAGACGGAAUGGGGAACUCAGACCACUUUAUGAAACUUGAAGCCGCAGAAUCAAGAUUGCAGCAUUCAAAAUCCAACAUGUUAACGUUGGGAAAGCAAGCUGCAUCAGCAAUGGCUGCAGUUGAAGCUGAACAGCAAAAAAUGACACUUCAGAGAUUAAUUUCCAUGAUUGAAUCAGAACGUGAUUACCACCAGAGGGUUCUUCAGAUUCUUGAUCAUCUUGAAGGAGAGAUGGUAUCUGAGCGACAACCAAUUGAAGCAACUCCUCCCGUUGUGGAACCCUCUGCACCCCCACCAUACAAAGAAGUAAAACGUAUGUUUGCUUCUCCCGUACAAAAUGGUUCAGAUGAUGAUGUGAAUUACUUUCUAGGAGAGGUGAUGUUCUCAUAUUACGGCGAGUCUGCUGUGGAACUAAGUUUAUCAGUUGGAGAUUUUGUCGUCGUCAGAAAGGUUUGCAGUGAUGGCUGGGCAGAAGGGGAAUGCAAAGGGAAAGCUGGUUGGUUUCCAGCUGCUUAUAUCCAAACAAGACAACAUGUUCUUGCAACCAAAAUCUUUUAACUGUUUGUCCAAAGAGAUGCCAUUCAUGUUAUGAAAGCAAAAAAGUGGAUUACUUUUCAUAUUCAUAUUCAAAUUUAAAUUUGUU